GGCACUUCCGGCCAAGGGCCACGCGGCGGGUGGAGAGGCGCGAGCUCCGGUACGGCGGUCGUCGCCAUGGAGACCGAAGCGGCGGACGAGAGCGGCUUCACGAGCGUGGCUUCCAAACGCGGGCGGAGGAAGCGGAGAGCGGAGGGCGCGGAGCCGAUGGAGGCGGCGGAGGCGGCGGAGGCGACCGGGCUGCGGCCCGGCAAGAGGCCCGCCUUCCCGCCGCUGCCCGUCGCGGCCCUGGGGGUGGGGAAAGGAGAGGUGAGGAGGGUGCCGGUGCCGGCCAACAGGUACACCCCGCUGAAGGAGAACUGGAUGAAGAUAUUCACGCCCAUCGUGGAACACCUGCAGCUCCAGAUCAGGUUUAACUUAAAGACGAGGAACGUUGAGAUCAAGACCUGUCCGGAGACAAAGGACCUCAGUGCUUUGACAAAAGCAGCCGACUUUGUGAAAGCAUUCAUACUUGGCUUUCAGGUGGAGGAUGCUCUUGCUCUCAUCAGAUUAGAUGACCUUUUCCUAGAGUCAUUUGAAGUUACAGAUGUCAAACCUCUGAAAGGAGACCAUCUGUCAAGAGCAAUAGGGAGAAUAGCAGGGAAAGGUGGAAAAACAAAAUUCACUAUAGAAAACGUAACAAGAACACGGAUCGUUCUUGCUGACUCGAAAAUUCACAUUCUAGGAUCUUUUCAGAACAUUAAAAUGGCACGAACAGCAAUUUGCAAUCUAAUUUUAGGAAGCCCACCAUCCAAAGUUUACGGCAAUAUUAGGGCUGUGGCCAGCAGAGCAGCUGAAAGAUUCUGAGAUGCAGUGGUGCUGCUUUACUGAGGACUGUGGCUGGGGAGCGUGGGUGCUGCGGGCACAAACUGUGCAGUCACAGAGGCUAUGGAAGCACUCUGCCUUCUGCUGGACUGGGAAGCACAGAAGGAAAAUGGGACUGUUUGUGCAGUCUGAUAUACUGCAGGCAUACUGUCUGCUUUGAUCACAAUCUGUGUACAGCCAUUAAAAGCUAUUCUAUAAAUGAUGAAACCAUA